AUGGUUGAGGUUCAAGUUCAAGAAGAGCAAUUCAUUAAUCCUGAUAUUGAGGUAUUUAUUUCUUACUUUGAAAACCUUAAUAUAGAUACUGAAUUUGACAUUUAUGAGGAGUACACAAGUAAAAAUUAUGGAAACAUAGAAGAGGAAAUAGAAACUGAACCGAACCAACAACAAACAUCAACACAGCAACCAGUAGGUCAUAAGAGGGAACUGCCAGUUCAGACCAGAAAAUUAAUUGUACAACAGUUAACUUGUUUGUCUAAAGAACCAGAUAGACGUUUUCCAUGGGGUACAAUAAAAACAAUUGCAUUGCAACAUAACACAUCUAGGUGGACAGUAGCAAGGCUGUGGGAAUCAGCCAAAACAUCAAUGCAAAAUGGCAUUGUAAUUGAUGUUAAUAGUAGAAAAAGGGGAAGAGUUGGUGGGAAAGCAAGAGUCUUUGAGAUGACUCUGCUUAAUGUUGUUCCAAUUGAAAAGAGGACCACAAUUAGAGCAAUGGGAAGUGCAUUAGGCAUUCGUCAUUUAAAAGUUUAUAGAAUGAUGAAAUCCGGUAAUAUUAGAGCACAUACAAAUUCAAUUAAACCAAAACUUAAUCAUGACCACAAAAUAAGAAGAAUCAACUUUAUUCUAUCCCAAAUAAUACCACCUACUAUAGAUAACAUACCAAAAUUAAGUCUUAUGUAUAAUGACGUACACAUAGAUGAAAAAUGGUUCUACAUGAGUAGGGAAACACAGAGUUACUAUUUAUUCCCUUGGGAAGAGGAGGAACCAUAUAGGUGUGUGCAAAACAAAAAUUUCAUAGGCAAAGUAAUGUUUAUAGCAGCUGUUGCAAGACCUUAA